AUGAUGUAUAUGGGAAAUAUUUCAUUUUUGCAAAACAAUUCCACGAGAAAUUAUUGCAAAGUUAAUACUGUUGCAACAGCAUUUGGAGAAGGAACAUCUUCAAUAAAAUAUUCAAUUAUUGAUGAAAAUUAUGCAAACUCCAGAAUUUGUAUUUCAGCAGGCACACAAUCGAAAUUUGACAGCAUUGUUUUCACAAACAACACUCUUUCUACACCUGAUGGUGUACCUCCUUCAAUGAUUUGUUGUAGUGGUAGUGGUGAUGUUACUUUAGAAAACUGUUUCAUUGCAAAUAACAAACAAAAUGGUCAAUAUUUGUUCGGAAUUAGUUAUGAAGGUUCAAUUACAGUAUCUAAUUCAUAUAUUGAUACUACAGAACUAUUAUAUGAAUCAGGUCAAAAUGUAAAAAUUGGACCAAACAAAGAAGGUUCACUUGAACUUCAUUUUCUUUCAACAGAACUCUGUCCAGGAGGUGACUAUUUUGUUAAUUUUGGCAAAGGGAAUAAAGUCAUAUUCACGGAGCUUAUUCAUCUUCAAGGUUUUGAAGAAAGUAUUGCUUCGAUUGUUUCUUAA